AUGGCCUCGUUGAUCUAUUUCUUCGAAGCGCAACAUCAAGUUAGAGGCCAGAUCAUCCUAGGGGGUGUCGCCAGCAUAGUCCUCUUGCCAGCACGCUGGAUCAUUAUCUUCCUCUCAGUCUUCACGGUCGUAGGUGGGACAAUCAUGCAAGUCUCAGGCAUCUACACAAACUGUUUCUGCUACAUCAACUCUCCGUACUGGUUCCGGUUAGACCAAUCACCUGGUGUCAAUGUUGCCUCGGACACGCAAGGCCAGCGAGACGCUAGUCAGGGUUGGCUUAUUCUUGGGAUUGUUGCGACAGUGUUCAUGAUCUUUACGUCCUAUGUUGCUUGGUUGUACCAGAGUUCGAUGAGAAUCAAAUUCCGGGAGGAAGCGAGGAAGCUUGCUUUAAGUCCACCAUGA